AUGCAUCAAAGUACUUUAGAUUAUUUUCGAAAUACUCUGAAGAUUAAUGAGGAUGGGAGGUACGAAAUCGCCUUACCUUGGGUGUUAGAAUCAUCCCGGCUCCCUGACAACAGACAAAUGGCCGAGAAACGACUUUCUUCUGUUUAUAAAAAACUUGUAGAAUCCGAGAAGGUUGGAAUAUAUGCAGAUGUCUUUAAAAAAUGGAUUUCUGACGGUGUCAUUGAAGAAAUUGAAGAUAAAAAAGAGUUAAAUGUAUACUAUCUCCCGCACAGGCCUGUAUUUAAAGAGAACAGCAUUAUUAAGAAUGUGAGGCCAGUUUUCGAUGCAUCCGCACAUAUAAAGGGUAUGCCCUCAUUGAAUGCCUGCUUAGAAAGCGGUCCUAAUUUAAUUGAACUUGUUCCUCCCCUACUGAAUCGUUUCCGGAAAUUUCCUGUUGGAGUAGCAUCAGAAAUUGAGAAGGCAUUUCUUCAGAUCGGAAUUAGAGAGAAGUUCAAGGAUUAUCUGCGAUUUUUAUGGAAAACCAAAGACAAGGGAAUGAAAAUCUACAGGCAUCGUAGAGUUGUGUUUGGUUUCACUUGCAGUCCAUUCCUUUUAGCGGCAACUUUGAAUUACCAUCUGGAAAAAGCCCCUGAAGAGCUCUUGAAUACUGCGGAAAUCUUGAAGAAUUCAUUUUAUGUGGAUAAUUGUUUCUGCAGUUUAAAGAAUACAGAUGAAGCAAAUAAAUUUGUAGUUGAAUCGCAAGAAUUGAUGUCUUUAGGAAAAUUCAAUCUACGAGGCUGGCAAUCAAAUGCUUCGCUUGAAAUUAUCGAUCAGCCCGACAAAUACCAAACUGUAUCCUUAUUGGGCCUAAACUGGGACCUAAAACAAGAUACUCUGUCUUGCAUCAUAAACUGUCCGAAAGAUGAAAAUCUGGUUCUUACUAAAAGAGGUCUGCUUUCUUUGGCUCAGAGUAUAUUUGACCCUUUGGGUAUAUCUUCUCCCGUAACCAUCAUUCCAAAGUUUAUGCUUCAAAAAUCCUGGAAUCUUGGACUUAAAUGGGAUGAUGCCCUGCCAGAAGGUCUAUCCAAACGAUUUUGGAAAUGA